UUUUAAACAAAAGAAGUUAUUCCAAACCUCUCAGUGACGAAAGUAGAGAUACAGAGCUAUUACACUUGUAUUUAUGUGUAUAUAUUCGUCAAGUAUAUAUGUUCGGACAUAAUUACGUGGGAUAAUUGGCAGAGGUUCCUGUGUCGAUAAUAUGGAUACGAGUCCUCCGGUUGCAGAGAACCAGAGUAGAGCGGACGAAACAACAGAAGAGCAGUUUAGAAGGCAAUGGCAGCAUCUUCUACUCGGUGCUUAUGAUUUCAUGACUGGAAUGCAUCACAAACGCUAUCGGCCUCUGUAUUUGGCUGCUCUGAAAGGGGAUUGGGAAAGUGCAGAGAGAUUUUUGGCGAGCGAUCCUAAUGCAUUGACAGCGAGAAUCACAACACUCUCCCAAACUGCUCUGCAUAUUGCAGCCAUCGAAGAUCGAUCUCACUUUGUUGAAAAGCUCGUACAGCUUAUGUCCUCAGAUGCACUCGCCAUGCGCGACGAUGCAGGCAAUACUGCUCUCCAUUACUGCGCUUCAAUCGGGAAAAGCGUGAUAGCUGCUCGAGUGAUGGUGAUGAAAAACCCUAAUUUGACACAAAUAAUCAACAGUGAAGGGAUGACGCCUCUUCAUUUGGGAGCUAUCUCAACAAGAGGGGAACAGAUGGUUCGGUAUCUUUCAUCGGUCACUCAAAUAAACGAGUAUCCGGCGGGUUCAUUUACUCCAUCUUCGGCUGCUUUGCUCAUUUCGAUGCUAGCUCUUUCAGGAUUUUACGAUGUAGCGUUAUCUUUGAUUCAACGGCGUCCAGAUUUAGCGACGGCCAGAACAGCUGAUAAUCUGACUCUUCUCCGAGCAUUGGCAUUAAGGGCUGAAGACUUCCCUAGUGGAACUAAGCUUGGAGUUUGGGAAAGCUGUAUUUACCCAUUUGUGGGAAUGGAUUCUACACCACCAUGGGAACUGGUCAGAAGCAUGGUUGAAGAUCCGGUUGAUGAUCAUGGAAAAGAGGCAACCUCACCAGCCUUCAAAUGGUUUAGAAGCUUGUUUGAGACAAGUAUUAAAAUACUAGUUCCUGGCGUCAAGCGAAUUCAAGCUAUAAAGAUGAGGCAAAGAUGCGUCAUUGAGUUGGUGAAAGUGGUUUGCACACAAGCUUCAAACAUGAAUUUCAUCCAAGAAGUGGAGAAAUUAAUGCCUCCCAUGCUUAACAGGAACGCUCAAAACCACGAGAAGAGAACCGCAUGGGAAGUAUUCACCGAAGAACACAAGGAGCUAGUAAAGAAAGGAGAGGAAUGGAUGAAAGGAACAUCAAAUUCUUGCAUGGUUGUUGCAACUCUCAUUGCUACAGUUGCUUUUGCUGCUGCUUUUACUGUUCCGGGCGGCAACAAAGAGGAUACGGGGAUUCCAUUUUUUCUUUGGACAAACUCAUUUAUGGUGUUUGUGGUGUCUAAUUCAGGGGCUUUGUUUUUUUCUACCACAUCUUUGUUGAUGUUCUUGUCUAUCCUAACUGCUCGUUACGCGGAGGAAGAUUUCUUGAGGUCACUGCCGAAGAGGUUGAUAAUUGGUUUUGCCUCACUCUUUUUUGCCAUAGCUGCAAUGAUGGUCGCUUUCUGUGCAACUCUGUCGAUAGUACUUAGUGAGAGACUAAAAUGGAUCUCAAUUCCCAUUGCUUUGCUAGCGUCUUUCCCAGUUUCAAUGUUUGCAUUGCUGCAACUUCCGUUGUUCGUUCAGAUGCUUCAAUCAACAUAUGGAUCCACCACUUUUCGCCCUCAAAAACUUUGGUAA